AUUACGUGAUUCGGAAUGCUGGAGAUGAGUGGUGAACGAAGUCAAAUCAUCAGCACGAUGCAGAACUACAGGAAAGAAUGUGAUGUUUUGGUGAGGGCUGAGGGAGUUCGUCUGCUGGAGCUAUCGUGUUUGAGGGAGGCUCUUGAGCCACUUUUGGCCUGCACAUACUGCAAUACAGGGAGGCUGGAGUUGAAAGAGGACCUGAAGAAGGCUGACAAGCUGUACUCCGCACUAUACCUUGCCUGCGGAAUGUGUACACAUAGGUUACAGAUACAUUCAUCUUGGUCUCUUACAGAGGAGACACAUUCCUGUCGCUGGCAUGUGAACCGCUGUACUGAGCAACUGAAGAUAAACCUGAGCAUUGAUGAAGAGCUGAUCAAGAAGAUCUUCCAGGGGUACAGAGUACCAUACCAGGAACCCACUCAUCAUGAUCAGAAAAUGGAAGGAAUGAUUUUGGAUGAGUUAGAAGAAGGGAUUGAUGACAAUGUUGCUAUAGGAGAUAUUGGAGAAGAGGAGGAAAUGCUUAAGACUCUAGAAAAUGUGGUGAAUGGCAAGGCCUCUAGUUCUAAAGCUGCCCCAAAGAGUAAGAGUUACACGUGCUUGUUCUGUCGUCAGGAGUUCCGUUCCCGUAAAGUACUAAAGCAGCACUCCUGUGAACACAGUGAAAAAGUCACUUUCUCUUGUCCAGAGUGUAUGGAGACUUUUCAGACAGAAGAUACUUUCAAAUUACACACGAAGUUGCAUCGUGAAAGUAAACUCCGAUGUGCUGGCUGUGACAAAAUGUUCAGAAAUCCAUCCAGACUCAAGCAACAUUUGCGAACACACACAGGUGAGAAACCUUUUUUGUGUUCCACUUGUGGGAAGUAUUUUGGAGAUUCUUCAACUUUGAGGAAACACCAGAAGCAUAUGCACAAUUCUGAACGCUCUCUCAGUUGUAAAACUUGUGGAAAGACAUUUUACCACAUGGGACACCUCAAGGUGCACAUGCGUCGUCACACAGGAGAGAAACCAUAUUCAUGUAAUAUCUGUGGAAAAGCUUUUGCAUAUCCUGAUAGCUUGAAGAAGCACUCUCGUAUACAUGCAGACCAUCGUAAAUUCGUAUGCAAUGUAUGUAGAAACAGAUUUGGGAGCUUGAAAAAGCAUACAAAAAGUCACCCACAAAAGGAGCUGUGGCAGGAACAGCAAUGGCAGCAAUGUGCUCAUGGUGAAGCAGCUGGACCUAGGGAACGUGAUCCAGUUACUGAACCAGUGGAAGAACUGGUAUCUGUAACAGGCACCGAUUUGAUAUCACUUACCCAAGUCGAAGAAACUCGACCUAGGGAACUUGAUCCAGUUACUGAACUAGUGGAAGAACUGUUAUCUGUAACAGGCACCGAUUUG